UUCGCUAGCUGCGGGAAGAUCUAGGGCUGCGGACUACCACUCCCGUGAGGUAGUGCGUAAUUCCACCCCUUUCGCGGCGUCUUCGAACGCGCCGCGGCAGCCAUGUUGGACGUGGCCAGCACAGGGGCCGGCAUCAGGAGGUAAUCGAAGCAGCUGUCACGAUGCUGGGUUCCACGGUGUUGCGAAGAACAGCGCUGGCGCCGCGGCUCCUCCAGCUGCUUAGGUCCUCAUCGCUCCGGAGCCAUGGAGGUGCCUCCGGCCUGAGUGUAACCACCGGGGGCCGCGGGGAGCCGCAGUGGCUGAGGGCGGCCGUCGGGGGGCGCCCUGGAACAUCGCCGGCCUUACUCACCAGAGGAGGGGCAGCCACCGGGGGGCGCCAGGGAGGACGCACCGAGACCCAGUGCCUCGCAGCCGCCACCUGGGGACGCCUUCCUAUCCCCGAAGAAACACUCCCAGGACAGGACAGCUGGAAUGGUGUUCCCAGCAGGGCAGGACUGGGCAUGUGGGCCCUGGCCACGGCGCUGGUGGUUCACUGUUACAGCAAGAGCCCAUCCAACAAGGAUGCAGCCCUGAUGGAAGCUGCUCGCGCCAACAAUGUCCAAGAAGUCCGCAGGCUAUUGUCAGAAGGUGCAGAUGUCAAUGCAAGGCACAGACUUGGCUGGACAGCACUCAUGGUGGCAGCCAUCAGCCGAAACGACAGUGUGGUGCAGGUUCUGCUUGCUGCUGGUGCUGACCCAAACCUUGGGGAUGAUUUCAGCAGUGUUUACAAGACUGCCAAGGAGCAGGGAAUCCAUUCUUUGGAAGAUGGGGGACAAGACGAUGCAAGCUGGCACAUCACAAACCAGUGGACAAGUGCCCUGGAGUUCAGGAGAUGGCUAGGAGUCCCCACUGGCGUCCUGAUCACCAGAGAAGAUGACUUCAACAACCGGCUGAACAACCGCGCCAGCUUCAAGGGCUGCACAGCCCUGCACUACGCUGUCCUUGCCGAUGACUACCGCACUGUCAAGGAGCUGCUUGAUGGAGGAGCCAACCCCCUGCAGAGGAAUGAAAUGGGACACACACCCUUGGAUUACGCCCGAGAAGGGGAGGUGAUGAAGCUCCUAAGGACUUCUGAGGCCAAGUACCAGGAGAAGCAGCGCAAGCGGGAGGCUGAGGAGCGGCGUCGCUUUCCCCUGGAGCAGCGGCUGAAGGAGCACAUCAUUGGCCAGGAAAGUGCCAUCGCCACAGUGGGUGCUGCGAUCAGGAGGAAGGAGAAUGGCUGGUACGACGAAGAACACCCUCUGGUCUUCCUCUUCUUGGGAUCAUCUGGAAUAGGAAAAACAGAGCUGGCCAAGCAGACAGCCAAAUAUAUGCACAAAGACGCCAAAAAGGGCUUCAUCAGGCUGGACAUGUCUGAGUUCCAGGAGCGGCAUGAGGUGGCCAAGUUUAUCGGGUCCCCACCAGGCUACAUUGGCCACGAGGAGGGUGGCCAGCUGACCAAGAAGCUGAAGCAGUGCCCCAACGCUGUGGUGCUCUUUGAUGAGGUGGACAAGGCCCAUCCAGAUGUGCUCACCAUCAUGCUGCAGCUGUUUGAUGAGGGCCGGCUGACUGAUGGAAAAGGGAAGACCAUCGACUGCAAGGAUGCCAUCUUCAUCAUGACCUCCAAUGUGGCCAGCGAUGAGAUCGCACAGCACGCACUGCAGCUGAGGCAGGAAGCUUUGGAGAUGAGCCAUAACCGUAUCGCCGAGAACCUUGGGGACGUCCAGAUUAAUGACAAGAUCACUAUCUCAAAGAACUUCAAGGAGAAUGUGAUUCGCCCCAUCCUAAAAGCUCAUUUCCGCAGGGAUGAGUUUCUGGGACGAAUCAAUGAGAUCGUCUACUUCCUCCCCUUCUGCCACUCGGAGCUCAUCCAGCUAGUCAACAAAGAACUGAACUUCUGGGCCAAGAGGGCCAAGCAAAGGCACAACAUCACACUGCUCUGGGACCGCGAGGUGGCAGACGUGUUGGUCGACGGCUACAAUGUACACUAUGGCGCCCGCUCCAUCAAGCAUGAGGUAGAGCGCCGUGUGGUGAACCAGCUGGCGGCUGCCUACGAGCAGGACCUUCUGCCGGGGGGCUGUACUCUGCGCAUCACUGUGGAGGACUCAGACAAGCAGCUACUCAAGAGCCCUGAACUGCCCUCCCCCAAGGCUGAGAAGCGUCCACCCAAGCUGCGGCUGGAGAUCAUCGACAAGGACAGCAAGACCCGCAAACUGGACAUCCGGGCACCACUACACCCUGAGAAGGUGUGCCACACCCUCUAGCAUCUACUUUACCUGCCUCUCCAUGCCCUCAACAUCCAAUAAAGGCCCCUCAGCUGUGGCAUGGGAACCGACCUAGCUUCCCUUCAUGCCUCUCGCUCUUCUCCACCCAGCCUAAGGCCUCUUACCUCCUCACAGCCCCUGGAGGACCCCUCCUCAGCCCCAAGUCGAAAGCAGGAAUUUUGCCCUCCCCUGGCCCCUUCAUCGUGGGCCCCAAACCUACUAACAAGUCUCCAGGAGAGGAACUGCCCUCCACCCCUUCAAGGCAGGGAGGGGACGGAGGUCCCUUAUCUCUGUCCUUCAGCAUGAUCCCCAAGCCCCACAGUCUCUGGAACUUUAUCAUGUUCCCUGGAAGCUCAGAACUAUGGCAGCUAAGAACAGAUCUGGCUGGAAGAAGAUGGGGACCAGGCUGUGACCUGCCACCCUUUGCUGGCCUUCAUGCAGCUGAGUCCCCAGAACGUCUCCACGGACAGUGGACGAAGAGUGCAGAGGCCCAGGCACAGAGGUUCUGCAGUUUAGGCCGUGGCUACCCCUUGCCCAUGCCCUAAAAUUCCAAGGGGAAGGGGCCCAUAGAACCCUUCCCCCUUCCACCGCCCUAUCAUAGCUACUGCUCCUCCUCACCCUUCGUGCUGGGGUCAGGCUAGACCAUGUUUCUCCAGCCUCGGAACUAGGCCAGCGUGGGCACCUCCAGGAGGAAGGCUGACUGCUCUACUCUGGGACUAAACAGCAGUACCAGAUGACCAAGCAAGCUCAGCUCUGGGGGGCCUCCUUCAGGAGACGGACAACAUAGAUGUUGGAGAGCUGUAGGGGGAGAGGUCGUGGGAUCAGGCUGUGCCCUGUCUGUACUGUCCCAGUUAAGUUAGCCUGGAAUAAACAGCACCGUGUGCAGUCUGCGUCUUAGUCACUACGCACAGGGUCUGCACGCCAUCCCCCGAGGGUUUUCCGAAGACCAACCAUGUUUCACCCUCAGCUUAGCAGGGCACAGCGGGCGUGGUGCAUCCUUUGGCACCAUCUGCAGUAGCCACAAUUGACCACCACCCUGUUAUCCUCCCCCUGCAGGGCCGUUGUGGAACCCUCUUUUGGUGUUAGGUAGUCUCUUUCAGGAAGCAGAAAACAGGGGCAGCAAUCAAAGUCCCGUGAGUGAUGGAGGAAUGUCAUAACAACACGGUGGGUAUCAAGCAG